CACAUGCUGUCAGCUGUACCGACGGUGAUUAUAAAUCGGCGUACGAGCAUCAAGACUUUGUUAUGAUCAGUGUGAGUUAUCGCCGGUUGCUGUGUUAGAUUACGCGCCGCGUAUUUCAGUAACAUUCCAAAACUUACUCUAUGAGCUUCCCGGUUAACAUUCCUUUUUCGCUCGACGCAACAUCAUAAUGUUACUCUCGAAUCGUGUAAUUCUAUUGAAUUUGUUACUCGUGUAUUCCGUCUUCGGAAGUCCUGAAGAGGAGCAAGGCGUGAUUUACGCUAACAAGUGCGAAGUAUGCAAAGUGCUAGCUACAGAGCUGCAAGCCAGGCUAGAUGAAACGGGAAGGACGAACGAUGUACUGGAGAUUGGGUAUUCGGUGGAUGACGUUACACCAAAGAAGAAAAAGGAUUACAAAAAGUCGGAGCUACGGCUACUAGAGUCACUCGAGGAUGUCUGUGAACGCAUAUUGGAGUACAAUAUACAUAAAGAGCGCACGGACAGCACGAGAUUUGCCAGAGGAACCAGUCAAACGUUCAAGACACUGCAUAAUCUUGUGGAUAAGGGAGUCAAGGUGGACCUAGGGAUCCCCUACGAAUUAUGGGACAAGCCCUCCGUGGAGAUAACUACGCUGAAAGUACAGUGCGAGGACUUGCUGGAGAAUCAUGAAGCAGACAUCGAGGACUGGUAUUAUAACCAUCAGGGGAAGGUUCCUUUACUUAGAUAUUUAUGCUCGGAGCGCGCGUUGAAGGGAGAAAACGACUCUUGCUUGCACGAGAAGGGCGACACCGGAAAAGAUCUCGAGAAACAAAAGAAGAAGAAGGUGUCUGGUAAGAAAGACAGGAAGGAUGAUUCCCCGACUGCGAAGCAAGAAUUGUAAAAUAUGCGGGAAUAAACUGCCAUCAACCAACAAAGAGCCAUUACUUUGUCGAUACUUUUUAUUACACGUAACAAAUUUUUGAACGAAAUACGGUUUUAAGUUCGAUAUGCAUGGGACGCAUAGUGGGUGCAUGCAAUGCUCCAUAAAAAAUGAUGUAAAUAUCAUCGCAUCUAUACCUAUACUUGUGAAUACGUGUGUGCCAUAUUUAUUGUGUCUGUUAAAAGUUUUCUAAUAAACUCCUUUUAUAUUUCC